AUGAUUGCAGGUUCUUUCAUCCAAUGGCUAUCUCAGCAAUGGCCGUUGGCCUUGUUGGUAGUGGCUGUCUUCUACCUCUCUCGAAAUUACUUCAACAGAGGGCUGAACAAGUAUCCCGGACCAUUACUAGCACACUUUACAGAUUGGUUUCGAUUCUAUAAGGUGUGGUUGCGGCAUCCGGAACAAUGGCAUAUCAAGCUCCACGAGAAAUACGGCGAUGUUGUGCGUCUAGGACCCAAUGCUCUGUCGUUUGGGAACCCCAAUGCCAUCAAGGUCAUCUACGGCCUCGGCAAGGGAUUUACGAAGUCGGAUUUUUACCCUGUGCAGAUGGCUACUUCCAGGGGUCAACGACUGCCGACAUUGUUCAGUACUCAGUCUGAAUACUUCCACUCGCAGCUCAAGCGAAGUGUGAAUAGUGCAUUCUCUAUGUCUGCCCAGAUGCAAUACGAGCCGCUCUUCGAUUCGACGAACGAGGUAUUCCUAGACCAGACGGACGAGCGGUUUGCAUCCACAGGCGAAGUAUGCAACUUCUACCGCUGGCUACAGUUCUAUACGUUCGACGUCAUCGGGGACAUGGUGUACUCUAAGCGGCACGGUUUUCUCGAAUCCAACACGGACGUCGACAAUAUCGUCCGCGAUAAUGCGGCACUCUUUGACUAUGCGGCGCUGAUUGGGCAAAUUCCCUUUUUGGAUAAGUUGUGGAAAAAGAACCCUAUCAGGCUUUGGCUUGCCAAGCACGGCAUCGGCGAGGCGACGUUCGGGGUCGCCCGUUUCGCUAAGGCCCGGUUAGCCGAGCGACACCCGUCGAACCAGACGUUCUCGAAGGAGAACUUCGCCUGGGAGCAGACGAAGGACACCCCGCCCGAUCUCCUCUCCCACUUCAUCCAAGCCAAGUUCGAACGCCCCAACUUCUUCAACGACCAGCUCGUGGUGACCAUGUGCGUGUCGAUGGCGUUCGCGGGGUCGGAGCCCGCGGCCGUCUCGAUCAGCGGCGUCUUCGCCUCGCUCCUACGACACCCGAGGUGCAUGCGGAAGCUCAUGGACGAGCUGGACGAGAAGGCUAGGGCGGGCCACUUCAAGGAUAACCAGAAGGGCAUCGUCACCUGGGCCGAGAGCCAGGACCUGCCGUACCUCGACGCCUGCAUCAACGAGGCCUUCCGCAUCCACCCGGCGCCCGGGCUCCCGUUCGAGCGCGUGGUGCCCCCCGAGGGCGUCGAGAUCAGCGGCAACUUCGUCAAGGGCGGCACGAUUGUUGGGUGCAACGCGUGGGUCAUACACCGCCGUAAGGACGUCUUCGGAGACGACGUCGAGGUCUACCGCCCGGAGCGCUGGCUCGUCGACGAGACGAAGGACAGGGACCAGGAGCUAGCGAGGAUCCGGAGGAUGAAGAACACGCAGAUGCAGUUCGGCAUGGGGCCGCGCGUCUGCCUCGGCAAGCAUAUCGGCUUGAUGGAGAUGUAUAAGUUGAUCCCUAGCGUGUUGAGGAGGUUUGAGCUUCAACUGGAGGACUCGUCCAAGACCCCAAGAUUCUGGAACGGCUGGUUCGUUAGGCCGGUGGACUUCCGAGUGAAGGUCCAAAAGCGAGAGCUUGUUCAACCAUUGCUCGUAUAA